GUCAGCCUGCCAGGCUUUGUUUGCAACAGCUGUUCAGCAAUUUAGCUUUUAAAAAAUCUAUUUUCCUCGACUGUAAUUUAGCAAUACUAAAGUUUGUAGCAGAAUUUUAUUCCCGAAUAUUGUUGACCCGACUGCAAAGUCCUGAAGUCUGGAAAUUCAGCAAUCCAAUGGAUUCCGAAGAUAGCAGCAGAAUUGAUGAUUUUGAGGCUGGCGAAAAAGCUUUGUGUGACAAAGAUUUCGAUGUUGCAAUUGAAAAAUUUCAGGGGUGCAUGAAAAAGCUGUCCAAUCAAGGUUUGGGGCUGACCUCGGAAUUAUUCCCGAAAUGUCUUCAAAAUAUUGCAUCAUGCUAUAGUGAGAAAGGAGAUAUGGAUAAUGCAUUGUCUUUCAAAAAAUUUGAGAAACUUUAUUAUGAAACCGUUUUACUACACAAUGGAUUGGAUGGUUUAUUAAUGAAAGAUCCUUCAGAGUCUGAUGAACAGUCAACAAGGGAUCGUGGCGAUGGAUCAAGCGAGGCAUCAGGAAGUUCAAUUCAAGAUUCUACUUCCGAAAUAAAUGAUGAAUCGGACUGGGAGUCAUCUGAUGCGAAAAGUCCGAAUACAAAACGAGCAUCAGAAUAUGAACAACUUGCAAAAUUAUGUUUGCAACAGGAAUGUAUUGGAUUGGCGCUAGAGUAUAGUGGAAAAGCGACAUUGUUGUAUAUGCAUGAAUAUGGAGAUGAUCAUCAGAAAACAAGGAAAAGUUUUGAACAGUUUACAUCGGUUUACGCUGAAGCUGGAAAACUUGAAUAUUCAGAAUCAAUGGAACAACUUAAUUUAGGGAAUAAAUCCAAUAUAUCAUCACCUUAUGAAAUAGAAGAGACAUUAUUGCGACAUAGAAAAAAUGUCAAAAGCACAGAAAAGAGUGGUGGAGCAAGGCCGCUCAAACGGACGAGGUCAAUUUUAAAGAAAAGAGCUUCGGAUGAUAACAUGACUCAACAGAAUAGUGAAACAACAGCACCAGAGCAGCAAAGAAGAGUAACAUUUGCUGAUCCUCUACCACAAAUGGUCAGAUUGAGAGAUGAAGGUGAAACCGAUAACUCAAUGACGAAUCUUCUUCUCUUUUUCUUGGUUUGUGUUCUUAUCAUUCUCAUCAGUCUCUUGAUAUCAGCAGUGUUUUGCCAAAUGAAUCCCACAAUGGGUGCAUGUGUCGAGUUUCGUCGUGAAGUUACAUACUACUAUAAUAGAAUACGAUAUUUAUAUAGAAGUUUUAUCAGAUAAAAUGAAUCCUAGAUAGUUAAAAACACUGUUGCUGCAAUACUAAAUGCACCUCACAAUGCAUAGUUAAAAAUCUUAGUCUUACUUAAUUUUCUACACCCUGGCUGUGGUAUUAUUUUUGUGUCUAUUGUUGACUAUGAAGGAGAUAAACCCGAGAGGCUGGCAAUUAAAAAAGUUAUUCAAAAUUUUCGCAAUUUUGGGUGGAUAGCAAUGAAGCAGUUCAUUCUCUAUCAGUCAGUGAUAAGUGGACUAGCUUCGUUAAAAUAAACAAAUUUGUAUUCAUUUUAAAUGAAAAUAUUUUCAUGGCUGCCAUACUACACAACAAGGACAUUAAAAUCUACCGGGCGGGACGGCUUGUCAAUACCAGGACUGGCCCGGCUUCUUCCAAUACUCUGGACUAGUAGGCAGACAAGGGUUAUAAUAUGUUAGGACAUCUCAAUGUUUUCCUGUCCAUGAGAUUAAAACAAUAAGUUCUAUUUGAUCCUCAGAUAAAUAAUUUAGUUGUGCAAUAUUUUGCCACUAUGAAAAAUAUCUUCAGCUUAUUCUCAGGCCUAGGUAAUUAUCGAGGAUUCACAAUAUUAUUGUAAAUUGUUUACUUGCACUCUUUUUACAGUCAAGCUUUAAUUAAGGUUAUGUUUCAAUAAUUCUAUCAUUUUAAUUUAAUAGAGAUAUGAUAGAAACAUGAGAAUUUGGUUAUAUAUAUAGUCUAUGUAUAUAUUUAUAAUUAUAUAUGUCGCUGUGUUUUUUAAGAUAUUAACACAUAGUUUUACACUGUUAGAAAAAUCAGUACAUUUAUCUAUAUUCGUGAAAUUGUUCUCUAAUUAAAUCUUCUUGGACUAGGAACUUUUGGAUUGAAAAUUUUUUAUGUGAGAUGUAUCACUGUACGGAUAUUCAAGUAAUUCAAAUGUAUUUUUCUAACAGUGUGGUAGGCAAUAUUAGAUUCACACUAUGCAUGUACAUUAAUGUUUAAUUUUAGUAUUUAAGUUUCAUUUUCUAAUUUCAAGUUUUACAUUUAUUUUGUAUAAUUGUAAAAAGUCUGCUGCACUAGGAUACUGUGCAAGUUCCCACUAUGGAUAUAAAAAAUUGGCAGUUGCUUACUCAUUACACAGGGCAUACCAACAUAGUUUUCUUGAAGUUUUAGAUACUCCAUUCAGGAUGGUGGCUACUUCUGAAAAGUUAGCGAGCAUGCAAACAAAUAGGUUUCGUUUGCAAAAAUUCAGCACUAUUCAGUUUUACUAAUUAUAUUUGAAUAAUUGUAUUUUCUUUAGGAUUUCGAACGGUGCCUUAGUAAAACAGUAAAUAUAUGGCAGAUGACUCUAUAAUAUGCGAAAAGUAUCUUAUGUUAACAGUAGAUCAAUUAUUUCUUGUGACAUUUUUUAUCAACAAGUUGGUAAUCUGCAGGUAAUUGCAGAUUGUGUUAAAUUUCAUUUGAUUGGUUAAAUGUAUAAAAUAUAGAUUUUAGGUUUAUUUGAUAUACAAAUCUGGUAACCAAAAAUCCGAUUUGGAAGAUUAUUAUGUGAUCUGAUAUUAUUCAUUUCAAAGUACAAUAACAAGCAAUCACAUUUUCUAACAUGAACCGAGGUUCAUGAGUAUAUGGGUGGGAUGAUGUGGAUCAUGAUAUUAUUGAGCUAUAUUAUUGAGGGCGACUUGCCUUUCCCUCUGGGUAAAUAAGAAAAUCAUAUUCUAUAUGAUUAGCAGGAAUAUAUUUUCUUUCGAAUACAUCAUAAUCAUAAAAAUUGAUCUAAACAAUUUGCACAUUUCAUUAGCUAUAAUAAUUUGAGUUCAAUCAGGUCUUUUUUAAAAAUGUAGACAUGCGAACUUGUUUUAAACAAUUGGUUAAAAGUUUUUUUUCAAUUCAAUUUAUCAUUGUUCAUGGUCUUCAGGAGUUCUUUGACUACAUAUUUUUGAGAUUUAAAACCUAUCUUGUUGAAAAGGUUUCGUAGUGUGUUAUUUUAUACGUCAUUUUCACUAGAUUGAAUCACUAAUUCACACAGAUUCUGCAAUGCCCCUUUUCUUUAUUAAAGGUGUUUCAGUUGUCAACAUGCCUAAGUUUCUGCACAUGCUAUUUUCUUUAUUUGCACCGCUAUGAUGCCUUUGCUCCUAUUAAAAAAUAAGUUGAAGCCGAUUUGUCUGCGUAUUUCUCAACAUUUCUAAUUCUUCAUGUAUAUAUAUCCAUGAUUCUAUGCAUGUGCUAUUUUGUAAUUUGGUAAUGGAAUCUAAUUCUCUAACAUAGGCUGUUUAGUCUAGUUGACGGUGGUGUGAUUCUAAAUCUGCCAAUAUAGGGAAUCAUUGAGGCAUGAAUGGUCAGAAUAAUCUCGUUAUAACAUACAAGUUCCGAUGCUGCUAUUUCUGACUUUUUUGUUUCCUGAUAUGGUUUGAAAUCUAAUCGUACUGAAUUCAUUCAUAUGCUCAUUACUAACCUGCUAGAUAGAAACAUUUUGUCAUUAUUUUGUGUGGAUUUGUUUGUUAUGGUGAUGGCCAAGCAAUGGCUAACAUAUAGACCAUAUGAUUGCACGAAUGAUACAAAUCAAUGUUUAGUACACAGUUCCAAAUGAUUCAUUCUAUUACUCACCGAGAAAAAUUUCCGCAUAUAGAUCGAUUUGCAACAACUGAUUCUCGAUAUGUUGAUAUAAUUGUGCAUGCAAUGAUUUUUACUGUAAAACUAGGUACACACUACACACAUUGGAAAUUAAUUGUUCUCGGGGAAACUCUGCAAUUUAAUAUAUUGUGUCGGUUUCUGAUGUCUUAUCAGCAACUUUGCUGUACGCCAAUUGGUGUCUAUUUAUGGUCCACAAUCUUGCAGUUACUGCAAGCUGCUUGUUUCUUUCCAUACACCCUUGUAUAGAUGAGCAUUUGUUUCAUAUAUGGUUAUGUCUAGAAUUGAAGAACAAGUUAUUGUUUAUGUAAUGUAGGCCUAUUUCAAAAUGAAUUACCGUUUGGGUCUGGGUGUCUUUGACAAUUAUCAUCAUCCCACGCCAAUUUUCGACAACAUCGAUUUCACAUAAUCGCUCCAUGUUUUUAUGCACUUUUGGGUUAACAAUCGUAGUUUCAAACGUUAGAUUGUAAAUUUUUGUUCCACAAAUAAAUAAAUGCAAAAGUUAUAAAG